UUUUUUUUCAAAUAAUUACUGGUUCCUCCCCCGCGGGGCUUGAACUCACGAGUUGAUCAAGAAAAGGAACCAUCAACUAACUCGUUACUCGUCGUGCUUUCUCUCUCUCAUCCAGUCCCUCCAUCUUCAUGUGCAGAUCUGCAGAAAUCUAAGAACCAACCUUUCUCUCUCCUAACUCCAUUUUGACUGUUAAACCUAUAAUACACCACAUUUCCGAUUCACCAAACUUUUCGAGAUUAUUAGAUCUUCAUCACAAACUCAACAAAAAUGGCGACAAUGGAGAGCUUAAUUGGACUGGUGAACAAAAUCCAAAGAGCAUGUACUGUUCUCGGCGAUCAUGGCGGUGAAGGUCUUUCUCUUUGGGAAGCUCUUCCUUCUGUUGCUGUCGUCGGUGGUCAGAGUUCUGGAAAAUCUUCUGUGUUGGAAAGCGUUGUUGGAAGAGAUUUUCUUCCUCGUGGAUCUGGCAUUGUUACACGGCGGCCGCUAGUGCUACAACUGCACAAGAUCGAUGGCGGAACCGAAUAUGCGGAGUUUCUUCAUGCGCCUAAGAGAAGAUUAACCGAUUUUGCUGCUGUUCGUAAAGAAAUAGCUGAUGAAACUGAUCGUAUAACUGGGAAGACAAAAGCAAUUUCUAAUAUCCCAAUUCACCUGAGUAUCUACUCACCACAUGUCGUGAACUUGACACUUAUAGAUCUUCCUGGCCUGACAAAGGUUGCUGUAGAGGGACAACAAGAAAGUAUUGUCCAAGACAUUGAGAACAUGGUCCGCAGUUAUGUCGAAAAGCCUAACUGCAUCAUCCUUGCUAUAUCACCCGCUAAUCAAGAUAUAGCUACAUCAGAUGCUAUAAAGCUAGCACGAGAAGUUGAUCCUUCCGGUGAAAGGACAUUUGGUGUCUUGACAAAACUUGAUCUGAUGGACCAAGGAACAGAUGCUAAAGAUGUUCUUGAAGGAAGAGCAUACAGGUUGCAACAUCCAUGGGUUGGUAUAGUGAAUCGUUCACAAGCUGAUAUCAACAAAAAUGUCGACAUAAAUUCUGCUCGUAGGAAGGAAAGAGAAUAUUUUGAACAUAGUCCAGAGUAUUCGCAUUUGGCUCACAAAAUGGGUUCUGAAUAUUUGGCAAAACUUUUAUCUCAGCAUUUGGAGGUCGUAAUAAGACAGAAAAUACCAAGCAUCAUUGCCCUUAUCAAUAAGACAAUUGAUGACAUUAAUGCUGAACUGGACCGAAUUGGCCGGCCCAUUGCAGCAGAUGGAGGGGCACAGCUGUACACAAUAUUGGACAUGUGCCGUGCUUUUGAUAAAGUAUUCAAGGAACAUCUUGAUGGAGGGCGACCUGGUGGUGAUCGCAUUUAUGGGGUUUUUGAUCAUCAACUGCCAGCUGCUAUGAAAAAGCUCCCUCUUGAUAGGCAUCUCUCUACAUCAAAUGUCCGGAAAGUGGUAGCAGAAGCUGAUGGUUACCAGCCCCAUUUAAUUGCUCCCGAGCAAGGAAUUAGAAGACUUAUUGAUGGAUCACUUGGAUACUUUAGAGGCCCAGCGGAAGCAACAGUUGAUGCGGUGCACCUAAUCCUGAAAGAACUCGUCAGGAAGUCAAUAGCUGCAACAGUGGAGUUGAAGCGAUUCCCAUCACUUCAAAAUGAUAUAGCUACUGCUUCAAACGAAGCACUGGAAAGAUUUCGUGAUGAAAGCCGGAAAACUGUCUUGCGUCUGGUAGAGAUGGAAUCCACAUAUCUAACAGUGGAUUUUUUCCGGAAACUUCAGCUUGAACCAGAGAAGAAUAGCGGCAACGCCAGCCAAGCAGCUGCAAAUUCUGAUCGCUACACUGAUAAUCAUCUUCGGAGAAUGGGAUCAAAUGUCUCAGCUUAUGUUGGUAUGGUUUGUGACACAUUGAAGAAUUCUAUUCCAAAGGCAGUUGUACAUUGCCAAGUCCGAGAAGCAAAAAGAGCACUUCUCAAUCACUUCUAUGUUCAUAUCGGAAAGCGAGAGAAAGAUCAACUUAGUGCCAUGUUGGAUGAAGAUCCAGCAUUAAUGUCUAGAAGAGAAUCGCUAGCAAAGAGGCUUCAACUCUACAAGUCAGCCAGAGAUGAUAUUGAUGCUGUGGCAUGGAACAAGUAAAGACAUACACACGAUUGAGUCCUUUAAGCUCUCACUGGCCCUCAGUAACAAACUUUGCAGCAGUGAAAGGUGAAAAUUCCCUCUAACAAGCUACAUAUGAAAAUUAUUUAGUUCACACAGGCUCCAAUACAUCCCUGAUAGAGUCACGGGCCUUAAGACAGAACCACUCCGUUGAGCAUUAAUUUUGAGAUAUAGGAUAGAAGUGAUGGAAAAUGUUCGAGUUUGUAAGAUACCCUCUUGCUUGUUAUUACACUACCAUGAUGUGUGGCUCCUUUAGUUGUGCUUGUGAUUCUUUUGUUAGGAACCACAUUGGUUCUUUCAGAUAUCUACUAUCAACCAAAAUCAGGGAGUAUACUUGUAAAUCUUGUGUUUUCACAAAUUGUUAAGUAUAAACAUAGUGAACAAUAAAAACAUUCAUUUAUAUUUAUAA